AUCAUAUCAUGACUUCACUUGCAAAACCAAUUGGUGAAUACCCUUCACAUGGACUUAUGCCAAAACAAGACACUCAAGUGGCUAAUUUCUUGAAAAAGUUCCCAAACUACGAUGGUAGAAACACUGUGAUAGCCAUUCUUGAUACAGGUGUGGAUCCUGGUGCUGCUGGUAUGCAAGUGACUACUGAUGGCAAACCAAAGAUAAUUGAUAUAGUAGAUUGUACUGGUGGAGGUGAUGUUGCCACUUCAACCAUUGUGAAACCUAAUAAAAAAGAAAUCAACGGUGAACAAGUCUCAGUGAUUGAAGGUCUUGGUGGUCGUACUUUAAUUGUCGAUCCUUCUUGGAAAAAUCCUUCUGGUGAAUAUCGUGUUGGUUUAAAACGUGCCUAUGAACUAUUUCCAUCUGAAUUGGUUGAAAGAUUGAAAUCUGAACGUCGUCAAAACUUUGAAAUCAAACAAUCUCAUUUGGUCAGUGAAGCUCAAGCUCAGUUAGCAGAAUUCAACAAGAAAAAUCCUAAUGUCACGGAUGAAAAAAGUAUUCAACAACGCAAUGAUUUGGAAGCUCGUAUAGAUCAAUUGAAAGCUUUGAUCAAGAAUUAUGAAGAUCCUGGUAUACUUUUGGAUUGUGUCGUCUUCUUCGAUGGUCAAGAUUGGCGUGCGGUGAUUGAUGUCAAAGAAUCUGGCGAUUUAAGAGGUCAACCUGCUAUGGCGGACUAUCGAAAGGAACUUGAAUAUCACACCUUUGGUGAAGAAGAUUUGCUCAACUUUUCUGUCAAUAUCUACGAAGAUGGUGAUAUCCUCAGUAUUGUUACUUUGUCUGGAAGUCAUGGUAGUCACGUAGCUGGUAUUGCUGCUGCUAAUUUCCCUGAUGAUCCUACUCUCAACGGUGUUGCUCCUGGUGCACAAAUUGUCUCUCUUCGUAUUGGUGAUGCAAGAUUAGAUUCAAUGGAAACAGGUCCUGGAUUAACUCGUGCUGCUGCUCAUUUAGCUAUCAACAAUGUGGAUUUGGCAAACAUGUCUUUUGGUGAAUCAAGUAGUUCUCCUGUUGAUGGUCACUUUAUUAAAUUGUUGGCGGAAGAAGCAGUUGGAAAAUCUGGUUGUAUUUUUGUUACUAGUGCCGGUAAUGAUGGUCCUUGUUUCAGUUCCAUCGGUGCUCCUGCUGGUAUGCAUGCUAGUUUUAUUACUGUGGGUGCCUAUGUCAAACAUGCCCAAAUGCAAGCUGAAUACGCCUUAUUAGAAUCUGUUGCUGAACGUCCCUAUACUUGGUCUUCUCGUGGUCCCUCUACUGAUGGAUAUCAUGGUGUGGAUAUUUAUGCCCCUGGAAGUGCUAUUACAAGCGUUCCUGUUUACGGAUUGAACAAAUUGGAUUUGAAAAAUGGUACCAGUAUGUCUAGUCCAAAUGCUUGUGGUUGUGUUGCCGUGUUGGUUUCUGCAUUAAAAGCUGAAAAGAUCGAUUACACUCCGUAUCGAUUGAAAAAUGCCAUUAUUCAAACAGGUAAAUCUGUGGAUGAUCCCCUUGGUGUUGGAUUUAUUCAAGUGGACAAGGCAUGGGAAUAUUUGGAAUCUUACAAAGAACAUAAAGACUUGGAUAUAUUAUUUGAAACUGUUGUGAACAAGCGUGGUCACCAACGUGGUAUUUAUUUACGUGAAUUGGAUGAAACUAGUCAAGUCCAAUAUAUUACUACUCAAAUCCAUCCUACUUUUAUGGGUGAAAAAGAUCCUGAAAAUCCUCAAUACAAUCGUGCCAAGUUUGAUUUUGAUGCCCGUGUUGCUUUGAUUGCCACGCAAUCUUGGAUUACUACCCCUGACUUUUUGUAUAUACACUCUGGAGGAAAUGGAUUCCAAAUCAAAGUGGAUCCUACUGCACUUAGUGAAAGUGAAUUCCAUUACGGUGAAGUUCUUGGAUAUGAUACUGCUCAUCCUGAUCGUGGUCCUCUCUUCCGUGUGCCUGUAUCAGUUGUCAAGCCAACACAAACAAAGAAUGGUUCCCUUACUUUCCAAAAGGUGGAAUAUGGUCCUGGUGAUAUUAUUCGUCGGUUUGUUCAUGUUCCUGAAGGUGCCACUGAUUGUGAACUGACUAUCCGUGCCAAAGCCCCAUCUGGAACAAGUCCUGCUCGCUUUAUGCUUCAUCUAUUACAACUUGUGCCCAAGAAAAGCCAAAAACACAAACAAACGUAUUCUUUCCUUCUUGGUGCUGGUUCAUUUGGUGAUCCCAAAUCUGAAGACCAGGUGAUUGUUAAACGUUUUGCUGUUCGAGGUGGACUCAAUUUAGAAGUUGCUCUUGCUCAAUUCUGGUCUGGCUUGGGAAAACAUGCUGUAGAACUCAACUUGGAAUUCCAUGGUGUCCAACUUGCUGGAAAUUUGGCCAUUGGCAAUGGUGUGGUCAAGUUAGAUCAUCAAAUCACUCGAUUAGAUAUUGCUGCUCCUAUUCGUAGAGAAGAUCCUGUGGAUGUCAAAGUAUCUUUUGAUGUUUUACGCAAGUAUUCUCGUCCUACUGAAGCUGUGAUUGCUCCUUUACAUUCUGAUCGUAAUUCAUUGCGCAAUACAAAGACUUUAUAUGGUUUAGUUCUUACUUACAAUUUCAAGACGGAGGCAAAUACUUCGGUGACUCCUUACUUCCCAACAGUCAUGGAUCAACUUUAUGAACAUUAUCUUGCUGGUGUUUUUGGUAUUGUUUACGACGCAAAUCACAAGGUGAUGGGAUAUUUGGAUGUAUAUAGACAUAAGAUUACAUUGCAAACCAAGGGUGAUUAUAAAGUUCAACUUCAAUUACUCUCGGAAACCUAUAGUAUCUUGGAGAAGCUCAAAACGACUGUUUGUGAACUAGACUUCCCUGCUAGCAAGACUGUGACCUUCAAUCCUUAUCAAACGAUAUCUGAUGUAUUCACUGCUGAUAAACCCAACCCUUCCAAGGUGUUGGAACGCAACGAUCAAAAAGCUUUAUUCAUCGCAGCACCUUUGGAAGAUGCUUCCUGGUUGCCAUCCACUGCCAAACCAGGUGAUGCUCUUGUAGGUACCUUGUCUUUCCAAUCCAAAACUGUGAAUGGUGGUAAAUAUAAGGCUUUAUACGUGAUCCCUCCCUCUCCUGCAGAAUCGAAAUCAACUUCAUCCAAUGGCAAAAAAUCCGAUGAUGUUAUUACAGAAGAAUUGACGGCUUCCAUCAAGAACUUACAAGUUGGUGCGCUCAAGAAACUAGACAAGAAAUCAACAGCUUACGAUACUUUACUCAAGCAUCUGGAAUCAGAAAAUGAAAACGAUAUUACAUUAUUGGAAUACAAAAUGGAUGAUGUAUGGACACGCAAUGAAGGAAAUCAGACCGAUGCAUUGACAGGCAAAUCUGAAUUCACAAAGGCUCAGGUGGACGACAUUGUGGCACUCUCCGAAAAAAUACAAUCUCAAAUCAAUGAAACCGAGUUGUUACAAUUCUACAUGCGACCUAGCAACGGUGAAGUAGACGAAGCGAAGAAACAAGUGCGCAAGACCAAUGAUAAAAAGAAGCAACAAUUGGUCAAGGCUCUUAAACAUCGUGUUGCUGCUCUUUCCGCCCUUCUACCUUCGGAACAAGUCGAUCAUCAAGAAUUACAAAAGCAAGUGGAUCAUUUGGCAAUGUGGACAAAGGAAGAGGAUACAAAGAGCGAUCUAGUGUCUUUACUUAGUCAAGUCAAACGAGAACGACAUGCUGGACGACCUGGUUUGGCUCUCAAGGCGAUUGAAAAGUAUCUUGAUGCCACAGCUCUAAUUUCCGAUAACGUCAAAGACAUUCAAACAGUGUGGACUGUGCGUGCUGAUAUCUAUGCUAAGGAUUUGAAAUGGACAAUAUGGGCUGAUUAUGAUGCUAAAUGGAAACACAUUAGAUCUCCUCCUGGUGGUGCUGCUCCUUUUUAGGCUUCUUAUUUAUUCGUUUAUUUUUUUUUAGUCAUAUGUAUAGUUAUACUUUUGAUAUUUUAUUUCAAUAAACUCGAUUUAUGAGCAUCCCUCUGUCAAUAGU